GCUGGGUGCGGGAGCACCCCCGGUCUCCCCAAGUUCCCCCCUCCCGCAAAAUUUGGGGAUCCCCCCUCCCGACCCCCCCCGAGCCAUGGAGGAGGUGGACAAGAUCCUGAUCCACUCCCUGCGCCAGGCGGGGACGGCGGUGCCCCCCGAGGUGCAGAGCGUGCGGGACCUGACCCCCGAGCUGGUGGUGGAGGCGGCCGUGCGGUGCCUCCGUGCCGUGCGCCCGGCCCUGGGAGCCCCCCUGAGCCCCCUGCUGCCCCCCGGCAUCUCCGCGCGCUUCCGCCUCGCCUCCGACCUGGCCGCGGCCUGCCAGGAGCUGGGAUUUGGGGGUGACGUGGGGUACCAGACGUUCCUGUACAGCUCCGAGCACGACACCCGGCGCCUGCUCCUCUUCCUCGUGGAGAAGCUGCCGCGGGACGAGGGCGAGCGCGGCGCCGAGACCCCCGGGAAAUCGGGGGCGCUGCUCCGAGCCAUCGGCGCCCGGAUCCGGGAGCAGCUGGGGACCCCCUGGGUGCCCCCCGUGUGCCGCACGCCCCGGCUGCAGCGGCUGCAGGGCACAAGUCACCUCCACCCUUUCGCUACCUGUCCCUUGGUCCUGCCCCAAAGCGGGGGAUCCCCAGAAGUACAGGAAUAUUUUGGGGGGGCCGCCCCCCCGGUGCCGGCGCAGCCCCCCGUUUCCUCGCAGACCCCCCCAGCCCUGCUGGAGACCCACGCUGCCCAGCUCAGCGCCCGCCACGACUGGGAGGCCGAGUGGGGGGGUCCCGGCCUGGCCUCCCGCUUGCCCCCCCAGGAAUACCUGGAGCGAAAGCGGCUGCGGGCGCGGCUGCGGGCGCUGGAGCCCCUGCGCCAGGCGUGCCCCCCCCACCCCCAGGGACCCACCCCGGGGCCCCCCCUGGACCCUGCCUGGCUCCAGGAGGCUUUUGGGGCUGGGGGCGCCGGGGGGGCUCUGCCGAAGGGGUCCCGCUUCACCCGCACCCAGCACCUGACCCACCAACAGGACCCCCAAGUGCUGCUGCAGCAGAUGCAGGCGGCUGCCGAGACCCUGCAGCCCCCCAAGGGCCCCGAGGAGGACCCCGGGUCACGCCAGGCCAGCGAAGAGGCCGCGCUGGAGGAGACCCUGGCCCGGCUGGAGGCUGAAAUCGAGGGGUGCAGGGGGGAGAUCCGAGCGGCCCAGCUCAGCCUCACCCAGGCGGAGGCCGAGGUGCGGCAGUGCCGGGGGGCUCUGGGGGGGCGCGAGGACGCCCUGAGGGUCAAGGCCAGGGCCGUGGAGCUGCUCCCGGACGCUCAGAACAACAUGGCCAAGCUGCAGCUGGUGGUGGAGUCCAGCAGCCGCCGCAUCGUCAGCCUGGCCGGGCAGUGGGAGCGGCACCGCGGGCCCCUCCUGGCCGAGUACCGGCAGCUCCGCGCCCUGCGCGACUCCGCACAGGUAACGGGGCCUUGCCCGGGGGUCUGGGGUCCCUGGGGGUCUGCAAUUGCCUUUCCAGCAGGUUUGGGGUGCCCACAGUCUCAAAUGGGGGGCCUGGGGUUCUUUCUCUUUGGGUUUGGGAGGAUCUCGGGUUCUUUCCCAGUGGAUUUGGGGUCCCCAGGUGCUUCCCUGGUCUGUUCAGGGGUCUCCAGAUAAUUUUGGGGGGUCCCCAGGUCCCUCUCUGAUGGGUUUUGGGGUCCCUGGGGGUCUGGAAUUGCCUUUCCAGCAGGUUUGGGGUGCCCACAGUCUCAAAUCGGGGUCCUGGGGUUCUUUCUCUUUGGGUUUGGGAGGAUCUCGGGUUCUUCCCCAGUGGAUUUGGGAUCCCCAGGUGCUUCCCUGGUUGGUUUUGGGGUUCCUGGGGUCCCUUCCCCAUGGAUUUGGGGGUCCCCAGGUCCCUCCCUCAUGGGUUUGGGGUCCCUGGGGUCUGGAAUUGCCUUUCCAGCAGGUUUGGGGUGCCCACAGUCUCAAAUGGGGGGCCUGGGGUUCUUUCUCUUUGGGUUUGGGAGGAUCUCGGGUUCUUCCCCGGUGGAUUUGGGAUCCCCACGUGCUUCCCUGGUUGGUUUUGGGGUUCCUGGGGUCCCUUCCCCAUGGAUUUAGGGGUCCCCAGGUCUCUCUCUGAUGGGUUUUGGGGUCCCUGGGGGUCUGGAAUUGCCUUUCUAGGAGGUUUGGGGUGCCCAUGUUCUCAAAUGGGGGUCGUGGGAUUCCUUCCCUGUGGGUUUGGGGGUGUCUCGGGUUCUUCCCCAGUGGAUUUGGGGAUCCCCAGGCCCCUCCCUGGUUGGUUUUGGGGACCCUGAGGCCUCUGAGGUCCCUUUGUAGUGGGUUUGGGGUGCCCAAAGUCCCCAAAGUAGGGUUUGGGGGUUCCUGGGGUCCCUUCCCCAUGGGUUUGGGGGUUUCCAUGUCCCUCCCAAGCAAGAUUCUGGGAUCCCUGGGGUCUCUGAGGUCUCGGCAGGUUUGGGGGUGCCCAGUUUUCCCCAAGAGUGGGGUGCCUGCAGUGCAUUCCCUGUGGGUUUUGGGGUCCCCAGGUCUCCUUGGUAGAUUUUAGGGUUCCUCAGGGUUUUGGAGUCUGUUCCCAGGAGGUUUUGGGGUCCCUGGAAUCCAUCCUCUGUGGCCUUUGGGCUCCCCACAUCUUUUCCCUGGUCUGUUUCGGACUCCCCCUUCCUGAUGCUUUUGGGGCCCUGCUGGGGAUUCUGGGGUCACCAAUUCCUCCUCCUGGUUGGGUUUGGGGGUUCCCCGGACCGGGGGUGACUUUGGGGAUCCCCCUCAGCGAGAGUCGUCGCGGCGCCUGGC